AUGUUAGAAAAGGGUGUGGCUGAGAAGACGAUCGUCGAGUUCAAGGACAUUUACAAGCAAGUUGGUGAUGAGGACGCUGGGCGUCGUGAGGAAGUUUCGGAGGUAGAUGAGGGUGACACAUUUCAGUCGGUUGAAAGCGUUCUUCACGUUCUGGUGACACAUCAGUCCGCUCUUUUACUGCCCGAUAUUGCUGAUCCGGAUCCACCUGUGGCAUCAGAUAUGAUGGAUGACCGCAACACGAUCUUGGAAAGGGCACGUGAUGAACAUUGGGAGUUUAGCUUAUUGAGGAGAGCAAAAUUCUCAACUAUGGCGUCAUGUCGUGUGCUGCACGAGUCGGAUGCAUAUGGGAGUAUGAGUUAUACAUGUAAUAAAUCCGGCGUUAACUGCAGAGACUUCGUUGAAUACCCGACAGUUGGAGCUGAGAAGAUUAAGAACGACGUCACCGAACUGGUCCUAAAACGGCUACAUUACGAAGUGGUACCGAAAGCGAAGAAUUAG